AUGGAGGGCGAUCAGCUGAGCAGCCCCCUGGCCGGUCACCACCACAGCAUCGACAUUGACAUCGCGGCGGAGGCGAAAUCAUCGGACGCCGUCGACGGCGAGGCCGGGCGGAAGUGGCUGCGCAAGCUCACGUCGGCGACUGUGAACAAGGCCGUGAUGAGGGACCUCAUCGCACGGACGCCCAUGCUGUGGUACCUCGCCGAGCGCUCGGGCACCAUACUCCGCCCGCGCACCCGCCGCGCCGCGGGCGCCGAGGCGCUCCACGCGGUGCGCGCUGUGGCCAUCGGUCCGUUCCACCGCGGCGACCGGGGCCUCCCCUUCCCCGACGACGCCAAGCUCCCGUUCAUGCGGUACCUGCAGGACCAGUGCGGGCUCGACGUCGACGCGUACGUGGCGGCGCUGUCGGCGGAGCGCGACCGCCUCCGCGACGAGUUCGCCGACGACGACGCGGACGCGGGGACGGACAAGGCGCUGCUGGACGACGAGGAGAAGUUCCUGCAGAUGCUGCUCCUGGACAGCUGCUUCGUCCUCGUCGUGAGCAUGAUGCUCAGCAAGACUGGCGUCGGCGAGGACGCCGACAGCGCGGCGCGGGCGGCGUCCAUCAACCGGGAGUACUUCAUACUGCACAUGGCCGUGGCGCAGCACGCCGAGCAGAUCAAGCUCGACAUGCUGGUGCUCGAGAACCAGGUCCCCUUCGCCGCCGUGAAGCUGCUCGUCGCCUCCUGCGGCAGGCUGAAGCUCCGCCACUCCGUCGAGGAGGUGGUACUCGGCUGCUUCGAGGACAUCUGCCCGAAGCGGGCGUGCCUCGCCCGCGACGCCGCGGGCGCAGAGUUCCAUCACGUCCUGCACCUCUUCCACUGGUCCCGCGUGCCGGCUAACAAAUACUGCAUCCUCUCGACGCCACUGAAGCUCCUCAAGAUCAAGAAGGAGUCGGAGCGGCUGUUCCCCUGCUCCGUGGAGCUGCGGCACUCGGCGGUGUGGUUCCGGCAGGCGGCGGCGUCGACCUGCCAAGGCGACCUCGACAUGUCGUUCUGGAGCCGGCCGGCGAGCCCCGUGGCGGUGAUGAGCAUCCCGUGCUUCCACGUCCACGAGUACAGCGCGGCGGUGCUGUACAACAUGCUGGCCUUCGAGAUGCGGUUCCACUGGGCGCACGGCGCAUGCGUGACGACGCACGUCGCCCGGAUGGAGGGACUCGUGCGGUGCCCGCAGGACGCGACGUUUCUGCGCCGGCGAGGUGUCCUUUCCGCCACGCGGCUGACGGACGCGGAACUUGUCUACUUCUUCCGGGAGCUCGGGGCGCAGACAGUCGGCGCGAGGCUGCCGGAUGAGUUCGGCGAGAUGGUCGACGCGGUGGCGUGCCACCGAAGGCGGCGGGUGAGCUGGUGGUGCGGCGGGUUCGUGCUGCACUUCUUCCCGUCGCCGUGGGUGGCCGUCUCGCUUCUCGCGGCGGCCGCAAUUUUCGCCGUGCCGUCCAUGCUGCAGACGGUGUAUACCAUGCUCGGCUAUAUCGAAAGUACUGCUAGUUAA